AUGAUUGCAUUGAGAGGCGGAGUUGACGAUGUACCUCUCAGGAGAGUGCCGACUACAAGAGAAGCUCAGCUUUCUUGCCUUCCAUUUCCACGCGGGCUACUUCCGAUCUUCGCGGUGACCGGCAGUCCAAUUCCACCUUCGAACACAGCUCUCAACACCGCGAGGCGACCAGGCCUCAGUCUGAAAACGGCCUGUUCGACACAUGUCACACGUGCCGACGUCUGCGCGAAGCAGCAAGGCCUUUCCUCCGAAGGGGAUUUGGAGGAGGUCAAAGAAAGAGACGGCACCACGGCGACAAUGACACCUUGGACAGAUGUGAGGCCGAAGCAUUGA